AUGGUGGACCCGUUUCGAUCCCUUAUCGAUGAAAUAGGACUGCUCAACCAGGGAAAUCCCCAGGGUACGCAGCAUGCCGAGGAGAUACUAAGGCUCUAUUCGACGCUGUGGGAAUGCUUUAUCAUGAAAAGGGCUGAAGUCCAUGACCUGGAGAAGGAAAAUGAGAUGCUGCGUGCAUCAAACAUCCAGUUAUGUCAGGAGCUAGAAACCUUGGAACGUCGUCACAUCGACAAGGAGGCGUUGCUGGCCUGCUACGGUAGAAUACAUGAAAAGGUGCGCGAAGAAAUUGUGCGGGUGCUCAGCGAAUGGAACGGUUGCUCUCCGUAUGCAACUUUGGAGACGUCAGCCAAUGGUGUCGGUCACAUGGGCUAA